UUUUCAAAAUGCCUGAACUCAUCGAACAAAGCAAACCAAUUUCCAAUGGCACUUUGCCAGUGCAGAACAAAUCCAAGGAGGACAACUGCGGUUUAUACAAUCACAUUCGCGGCAUCAACGUUUCUUAUGGCUCGGUCCAGAAGCUUACACCUGGAGUGCAGGCCUUCGUCGAAGAAGCCGUGGUAUUGUGUCAACCCGAACAGAUCCACAUUUGCGAUGGCUCCGAAAUGGAAAACAAAAUGCUGGUGAAACUGAUGUGCGAAGCUGGCACCAUCGUCCCCUUGCCAAAAUAUGAGAACUGCUGGUUGGCCCGUACAAACCCUGCUGAUGUUGCCCGCGUUGAAUCGAAAACUUUCAUUUGCACCGAACGCAAAGAAGAGUCUAUUCCCACCCCUCAAGAGGGUGUAAAGGGCACAUUGGGUAAUUGGAUCUCUCCAGCUGAUAUGGAGGCGGCCAUAAAGGAACGCUUCCCUGGAUGCAUGAAGGGCCGCACAAUGUACGUAGUACCAUUCAGCAUGGGCCCAGUUGGUUCCCCUCUUUCGAAAAUUGGCAUUGAAAUCACAGAUUCGGCAUAUGUUGUGGCUUCCAUGAGGAUUAUGACCCGUAUGGGAGCAAGCGUCUUGGAACAAUUGCAAAAGAAGGAGGAAUUUGUCCGUGCUCUUCAUUCCGUCGGCACACCAGCAAAUGGCAUCAUUGAACGUAGCUCAUGGCCAUGUGAUCCCGAGAGAACGAUUAUUUUACACAAGCCUGCUGAUAACUUGAUUGUUUCCUACGGCUCAGGAUACGGUGGCAACUCCCUGCUAGGCAAGAAAUGUUUCGCUCUCCGCAUCGGCAGUACCAUUGCCAAGAAGGAAGGCUGGUUGGCUGAGCACAUGUUGAUUUUGGGAAUUACAGAUCCCAAAGGUGUGAAGAAGUACAUCACUGCCGCUUUCCCCUCGGCUUGUGGCAAAACCAACUUGGCCAUGUUAAACCCAACUCUUCCCGGAUACAAAGUCGAAUGUGUUGGUGAUGACAUUGCUUGGAUGAAGUUUGACGAACAAGGUACCCUUCGUGCCAUUAAUCCCGAAAAUGGCUUCUUUGGCGUCGCUCCAGGCACAUCAAUGGAAACAAAUCCCAUUGCCAUGAAAACCGUAUUCAGAAACACAAUCUUCACCAAUGUUGCAUCGACCUCUGAUGGUGGUGUUUUCUGGGAAGGUAUGGAAAGCAGUUUGGCCGAGGGUGUUACUAUCACCGACUGGUUGGGUAAUCCAUGGACCAAAGAGUCCGGCAAACCUGCAGCUCACCCCAACUCCCGUUUCUGCACCCCAGCCAGCCAGUGCCCCAUUAUUGACGAGGCCUGGGAAGACCCUGCCGGCGUACCCAUCAGUGGUAUUCUUUUUGGCGGCCGCCGUCCAGCUGGAGUUCCACUUAUUUAUGAAGCUCGCAACUGGACUCAUGGUGUGUUCAUGGGAACAGCAAUGCGCAGCGAAGCCACAGCUGCUGCUGAACACAAGGGCAAAGUAAUCAUGCACGAUCCCUUUGCCAUGCGUCCAUUCUUCGGAUACAACUUUGGCCAUUACGUUCAACAUUGGUUGAGCAUGGAAUCGCGUGGCAAUGUCCCCAAGAUUUUCCACGUCAACUGGUUCCGCAAAGGCGCAGAUGGUAAAUUCAUGUGGCCCGGAUAUGGUGAUAAUUCCCGAGUCCUUGAAUGGGUCCUUCGUCGUAUCAACGGCGAAAAUUGUGCAGCCGAAUCCGCAAUUGGUUACAUCCCAGCUGAGAAUCAAUUGAACAUGGAGGGCAUGGCCGACAAUGUAAAUUUGGCUGAAUUGUUCUCAUUGCCCAAGGACUUCUGGACUCAAGAAGUCGAGGAAAUUCGCAAAUACUUUGAAUCGCAAAUCGGCUCCGAUCUUCCCGCCGCCAUCUACAAUGAGUUGGAACAGUUGAAGCAACGUAUAGCUGCUAUGUAAAUACAUUGACUUAAACAUA